AUGGCAGAAGCCCAAGAUAAAUAUCAACACCAAUUCCAAUCCCAAUCACCUCCUUUCCCGACUCAGGAAUGGGUACAGUUCUUCCCAUCCCCAUCUCCCAAAUCUCCAGCUGGAACCGCAAUCACAACAACAUCAUCAGCAAAAGAAGACGAAAAAGUGAAGUACAUGAUUUCGACAGACCCGUCCCUUCUCUCCCUCUCCGCUCUGGACAGCGCCUUCACCCAAGAAUACAUGUAUUGGGUCAAACCGCUCCCAGCACCCGUUUUGAAGGAUAUGAUAGACCGCUCGUUAUGCUUUGGGGUUACGCACUCGUUGUUGGCGUCUAUACCCUCCGUAGAGAGAGGCAGCGCUCCUAACACUUCCGCUAAAACAGGGCCUUCAAAUCAUACACCCCGUUCACGUAUCUUCGUACUGCCCUAUUGGUUCGCUCUUGUGGAGACUGGAGCAGCCGCACGAACACAUCAUCUCAGAUCUCAAAUAAUUCAAAACCUGGCGAACGAUGAGUCUCAAUACUCCCGUGAAACACAUAUCAAAUAA